UUUCAGACUGACGGACCAGAAGCAUCUCAUUUAUUAGAAAAAUUUCCACAACCCCAUCAGAACAAAACAUUGGAAUCUGGAAAACUGUCAAGAAAAAGCAGUCAUAGUAUUUUUUCAAGUCAAUAUCUUAGAAAUGAAGAUGAUCCAUUUCAAGCGGGUUAUGAAAUAACAGAUCCCGGAACUCCUAUGAUGAUAAAAGCAAAUGAUGGUUGGUAUUCGCAAAGCAGAUCUCAAAUUGGUUCGAGGCUUUCUUUACAUUCGAAUAAGGGUAUAAAACAAACUUCAGGACAAAAUUCGAUAGGUGUCUCUAAAAGACCUUCUUACAAUAAUUUAGCUGAUCACGGCAGAGAAUAUAGAAAAAGAGAAAGAAAAAUGUCUCAAAGUAAACCAGUUAUUAGAGAGGAAGUCGAAGAUUUAGGAAAUGACGCAUCAAAAGACGAUAAAAAAGCAGUUCAAUCACAGAUAUCUAAAAAUUAUCCUAAUGAAAAGGAAGUAUUAAAGAGUGCAGCAAAAAAAUUAGAAGCAUACAAAGAGAAAGAUAACGAACCACCUCAAGAUGAAGAAGCACAACAACUUGAAAAUCUAAGUUUGCUCAAAAAGAUAUCCAUAUUUUUUGAUUUUGAGUUAUUCAAAGAUUUCACUUACGUGAAUCUUAUGUUAGGAAUCACAGUUGCUAAUUUUGCAGAACUAAAUUUUUCUAUUCUCACCCCAAUCAUACUCGAGGAAUUUGGGUUUGAAAAAUACGAAACAGCUACAUUUAUGUCUUUACUUGGAAUAACUGAUAUAGUAAUUAGAUUUUUCAUUCCAUUCAUUGCGGAUAAAAUUGGUUGGAGUAAUAGAACAUUUUUCUUAUUAGGUGUAAUGAGCAUGGCAUUAGGAAGAAUAAAGCAACGCCAGCGGUGGUACAGGGUAGUCGCAGGAAAAAUAAAAGAGAACGACUUACCUUACCUGGAACAGGUCUUCCAAUGA